AUGGCCGAACCCAAGGCCUCAGAUGCCAUCACACCGGUGGAUGGCCUUCCCGAAGAUGGUUACUCUUCGACCGCCGGACCCGCUUCGGAUUCGUCCAUGACAAAGGUCAUUCAGAAUGCAAAGGUAGCCACAGAGAAGGAGCAUUCCAUGACACUGAUGCAGGGAAUCCGGUUAUAUCCUAAGGCCGUAGUUUGGAGUGUGCUCAUCUCUACUUGCAUUGCCAUGGAGGGUUAUGACAUUAGUUUAGUCAACAACUUCUAUGCAUUCCCGCAAUUCAACCGCAAAUAUGGGGAGCGACUAGCCAAUGGCACAUAUGAAGUAUCCGCAGCGGUAUGUCUAACCAAUUCCGGUGGUUCCAUCUCGUGGAAUGAAUGGCAAGCAGGUCUGAGCAACGGUGCUUACUGCGGCGAAAUCAUCGGUUUAUUCAUCAACGGUUGGGCUUCGGAACGCUUCGGUUACCGGUACACGAUUAUGGCUUGCCUCGUUCUUGUCAGCGCGUGGACGUCAAUCUUCUUCACGGCCAAGAAUGUGCAAUCCUUGCUUGUAGCGGAGAUUCUCUGUGGUAUUCCCUGGGGUGUUUUCCAGACUUUGACGAUUACCUACGCUUCGGAGGUGUGUCCCGUGGCACUGCGAGGAUAUUUGACGACCUAUGUCAAUUUCUGCUGGGGCCUUGGUCAGCUGAUUGGCAUUGGGGUGAUUAAGGGCAUGUUGAGCCGGACCGACGAAUGGGCCUACCGGAUUCCGUACGGGCUGCAAUGGAUGUGGCCGCUGCCACUCUUCACUGGAAUUUGGCUGGCUCCCGAAUCUCCGUGGUGGUUGGUUCGGAAAGGCCGCACGGAAGAUGCGAAACGGUCCCUGAUACGCUUGACCAGCAAAAGUCAAGGGGACUUCGAUCCCGAUGAGACGAUCUCGAUGAUGGUUCACACUACUGCUCUGGAGGAAAAGAUUACCAAAGGUGCGAGCUACCUGGAUUGCUUCCGGGGUACCGAUCGACGCCGCACAGAGAUUGUCUGUAUGGUCUGGGCGAUUCAGAAUCUUAGUGGAAACUCCUUUUCCAAUUACUCGACCUACUUUUUGGAACAGGCUGGGUUAAGUUCCGCUAACUCGUAUGCCUUUGCGAUGGGUCAGUAUGGCAUCAAUAUGGUUGGCGUGUUUGGAUCGUGGUUCCUCAUGACACUCGGAAUCGGCCGGCGCACGUUGUAUCUGUACGGUCUCUGUGGUCUGUGCGCCAUGCUCCUGAUCAUGGGUUUCCUUGGUCUUGUUCCUGAAGAGCAUAAAACCCAAGCUUCCCUGGCCACGGGCGCCAUGAUGUUGAUCUGGGCCCUAUUCUACCAGCUAACGGUUGGCACGGUCUGCUUCUCUCUUGUAGCCGAGCUCUCCACCCGCCGACUUCAGAUCAAGACAGUCGUUCUCGGCCGCAACUUAUACAACAUCGUCGCCAUUGUCUGCGGCGUUCUGACGCCUUAUAUGCUGAACCCCGGCGCUUGGAACUGGGGCAACUACGCUGGUUUCUUUUGGGGUGGCAUCUGCUUUCUGUGCAUCAUUUAUACUUACUUCCGCGUUCCCGAGCCUCGCGGCCGCUCGUUUGCCGAGCUGGACCUGCUCUUUGAGCGCGGCACUAGCGCUCGCAAGUUUGCAACGACCCAGGUGGACGUUUUCGAUGAGACUAUUGAGAGCCGCGCGGUUGAUGAUUACCGGGCGGAGAAGAACGACCCUACCGAUGAGAGUCAAUUGGAGAAAAACCACGGUCCGAUAUGA